AAAGUAACAGACUUGUCUGAAUUUUUGCUGCCUGUCUCUCCUCCCUCCUUCAAGAUUUCCCUCGUGCAAGAUGCUAUCAGGACAAGGCGUGAAGUUGGAUGUGUAAGACAGAUUAAGAAGAUUUUUGUCAACAUUGGUACCCCAGUAAGUGCUGUGAGUAAUGUGCAAGCUAGAGAAAGCGAGCCCCAAAUCCCAUUUUGAUUCGGAAAGGCAGCUGGAGCAGAAUUAUGUAAAACUCUGUCUCAGACAGUACCAGAGUUUUGACAAGUGCAUUUUGUGACGUGACCCUGCUGAGUGUGAGCCAGCACGGAGGCAGGAGCCGGGCAGGCACGAGAUGAGUGCAGCGAUGUCACAGGGUGAACGGUCCACUGGGAAGACCCUAGCGGGCACGAUGGAGUCACGGGACGUGACCCCGCAGAAGGGCUCUCUCCAGCUCCUCGUGAAGAAACGGGAGUCCGCCAGUGCCACAAGCCCCAGCGUGGUGCGCCAGCGCCCACCAGUGCCACGGGCACGGUCACGUUCACGGAAGAGACGCAUCCGUGUCAAAUCCGUGGAAAUACUGCGGGCACACGGUCGGCUCAUGGAGACGAUCGAGGAGGAGCCCCUGGACAGCUCGGGCGAGAUCGAAACCUUCCCCGUUGCUGUCAAGGAGGUUGAGAGCCACUUGGAGAGCCUGGGUGGCAGGAAGGGAGCAGAGAGUGCGAGGACCUCCCUGUCACCAGCUCGGACUAGCGAGCCUGAGAGCAAUCCAGGCGUAGCGGAGUCCACUGUUAAGAGGAGGAGGGCAGUCUCUGAGACGCUCUCAGAAACCGGAGAAAACAGCAAUGCCAAAGUUUCAGGGGGUGGUCGCAGACCUCUGAGAGGACUUCGAGAAGCGCGCCCUCCGAAGCCUGGCAAGACGCUGCAGCUCUUUGAGGAGAAUGUCUCCUUAAAGGAUAAAGAGUCUCUUUCUCAAGCUGCAGCGUCUGAAGCAGAGAAGAGGAGCUGCUUUGCCAAUAAUAUUUCCGAGGAGACCAAGGCCUGCACUGCGCCUGGCGGCCUGGCAGCAGUCAGGAGGCACUCUGAGGACAGGCAGACCGCCUCCUCGAGGAUGAGCGAUGCUCGUUGCCAGCAGGAGCAGAAAACUGCACAGUUUCUCAGAUACACAGAAUCGUCCACUGGAGAAGUGAUGAAAAGUGCCCAAAAGUUGAAGGCGGUAUGA